AGAUACAAUGGAUGAGUAUGCAAGAGAACCUUGUCCUUGGAGGAUUAUUGACGACUGCGGGGGCGCUUUCUCCAUGGGAUUAAUCGGCGGUAGUUUGUUUCAAAUGAUUAGUGGCGCCAGAAAUGCCCCUACCGGAUUUCAGCGGCGUACACUGGCGGGUAUUGCCCGAGUCAAGGAAAGAGCUCCAAUACUAGGUGGACAGUUUGCUGCUUGGGGAAUCUGCUUUUCAAGUUUUGAUUGUACUUUUGCUCAUAUUCGUGGUAAAGAGGAUCCUUGGAACUCUAUAAUGUCUGGUGCAGCUGCGGGGGCGGUAAUGGUGGCCAGACACGGACCUAAACAGAUGUUAGGGAGUGCUGUUGUCGGUGGAGUUCUGUUAGGACUUAUUGAAGGAUUAGGUAUCAUGAUGAACCAUUUUGGAAGUACACAAUUUAGACCAGUAGACCCCAGAAUGAUCCCCGAGGAUCCUGCAGGAUUGGAACAGGAUCAAGGAUCUAGUAAGAGUAUCUACGGUUAAAGAAAACUACAGAUUAGUCCCAGAUCAUCUAGAGUGAAUUCAAUCAGACGAAACACCAGUAAUUGAAGCAGUUUUAUUAGCUUGGUCCCACUGGCAGGCAUUUAGAUGCACCUUGUCACUGAGAGGUGUCUCAAACAUGCGCUCUGUUUAUGAAGAUGUGUUUGGGAACACUUGUUACAAAAUAUAUAUCAAAUGUAUUGUAUUUCAGAA